AUGCUGCUGUACAUGGGCUCGCUCCCGCUCGACGCCGUGCCGCGGAUAAUCGCGCGCCAGCCGCCCGGGUCGGUGUACCGCAGCCCGCAACUGUACGCGCGGCUCCGCGCCGACAUGGACGCCGACAACUCCACCGGCGCGAUAUGCAAUGUAGUCGCCAUUGCUGGUUUUCUGAAUGCUACUCUUAUCAUCCCAAAUUUCCAUUUCCAUAGCAUUUGGAGGGAUCCAAGCAAAUUCAGUGAUAUCUAUGAUAAAGAUCACUUUGUACAACGUCUGCAAAAUGAUGUUCGAGUAGUUGACAAAAUUCCGGAUUUUAUAAUGGAGCGGUUUGGUCAUAAUCUCAGCAAUGUGUUCAAUUUCAAGAUAAAGGCUUGGGCACACAUUCAAUAUUACAAAGAUGUUCUUCCAAAAUUAGUUGAAGAAAGAUUCAUCAGGAUUUCUCCUUUUGCCAACCGACUCUCGUUUGAUGCACCUUCUGCUGUUCAACGGUUGAGAUGCUUGGCAAACUUUGAAACCUUAGAAUUCUCUAAACCAAUUGUGUCUUUGUCUGAAACCUUAGUGCAUCUUCGUUUUGAGAAGGAUAUGAUUGCCUUCUCAUGUUGUGUAUAUGAUGGUGGUGAUGAGGAGAAGGAAAUGGAUGCAGCCAGAGAAAUAGGUUGGAGAGGGAAAUUUACUAAGAGAGGACCGGGUAAUAAGACCAGGAGUGAUCAGAAUGAAUGGAAAAUGUCCUCUUACACCUUUGGAGCAAUAAGACUGCAAUCUUUUUGGCAUCUGGAAAGAUUUACAGAGCAGAGAAGAACAUGGCUUCUCUUCUUGAAAUGUUUCCUCUCCUACAGACAAGAGACACUAGCAUCAGAAGAGGAACUUGCUCCAUUCAAGAAUUUCUCCUCAAGGAUGGCUGCUGUUGACUAUAGCAUUUGUGCCCAAAGUGAAGUUUUUGUGACCACACAAUGGAAAUUUCCUGCAUUUCCUUAUGGGUCACAGGAGAUACUUGUAUGGUGGAAGGCAUUGAAGCGGCACUUGCUUAAUAUGAGAGCACACAGCGAUGCCAAGGGGAUUGAAGUGAAAAGACCAAACGAAUCCAUAUAUACCUUUCCAUGCCCUGACUGCAUGUGCCGCUUGAACAGAACAGAACAGAACACUCGAAAUCCAAACACAGUAGAUAGUAUCUCGUAG